UGCUAAGAGUUCAAUAAUGAAGGCCGUUGCAAAUGGGGCGUGUGAUUAUUGGAUUAAGCCUUUGCAAGAGAACCAGUUGAAGAACAUCUGGACACAUGCAGCUAGGAAAGUCUUGACUGAAAACAAUUUUGGCAGAUUGGAAGAUGAUGAUAGCAGAAAACGGGACAAAGAUAAUUCUGAGUUUGGUUCUUCUACUGAUAAUGAUGUAACAGGAGGAGUCGCUAGCAGUUCAAGAGAACCCGACGAGGUUGAUGAAUCAGAUAAUUCUCAUCAACCUCCAGCAAAAAGGCCACGUGUAAUCUGGACACCAAAUCUGCAUCGUGACUUUGUCAAGGCAGUGAAGCAAAUUGGGGAUGACAAGGCUGUGCCAAAGAAAAUUCUUGAAGUGAUGAAUAUCCCUGGUUUGACAAGAGAGAAUAUUGCUAGUCAUUUGCAGAAAUAUAGGCAUUAUAUUAAGAGUUCGUCAAAUGAAGCAACACAACAGAAUGAGAUGGCGUUCAUUCAAGGGACUACAGAAUCUAGUUCAAGAGUGGAAUCUUUGGGUGCUCCUAGCCAUGUUGCCUAUAACACACUGGCAACCCUUAAUUCUGCUCCUAGCCAAGCUUCGUUUAAUACACUGCCAACCCUUAAUCCGGCUCCUACCCCAAGUAUACAACUGCUUAACCAUUCCCAUCCAGAACAAGGUCAUCCUUCUAACAUUUCCAUUGCCAAUAAUUUCCCUCAGCCAAUCAUAGAUCCAUCUAUAUAUGGAGGAGUGUGGCCCCAAAUGGGUAUUCAGAGAAGCAAUGUGUUGAUGGAUACAUUGCAGCAGCAGCAAAGGCAGCAGUCAAUGAUGCAUCUUCAAAUAAGUCCUCAGCCAUCUAGCUUGAUGAUUUCUGGAAAUCCAUCUUUUGUCACCCAGAAUAUUAGUUAUGGUCUACUAUCAACUCAACCUAUUAAUUCACUUGGUGUUUCUCAAAUACAAGGUGGAAACAACUCAGGUUUCACAAGUGGUGCUGUAAGAUCUUUUCCUGCACCAGGCUCAGAUGCACUAGUUCCCUAUGGUUCAACAUCUGCUGACUUAAUUUAUCAAGAGAAUACCAGCAUCCCACCUAGGUCACUAGAAGAUACAUCAUUUGCAAGCGGUUCUAGAAACCCAAAUUUCUCCAAAGAUAUUAUUGUUGAUGACAACACAACAAAGGAGGAAGAACCAAAUUAAGAGCUGAUUGAAAUAUUUCUUCUUCAUCGAGAAAGUAUUUAUUAUUUGUUGGUUCGACUGAAGUCCGAUUAUGAUUUAUGACCCU